ACAACCUCUGGUCAAAAACUCAAAAUUGUUCAUCUUUCUUUUUCUGGCGAAAUCUCCAACAUUUUACUCAGGCUCUGAUGAUGAAUUCAGAAGAAUCAAAGUGGGAUGGGACAAUUUCACCAGAUGAAUUUCAUAAAGGAGCUCUUGCUUUUGCUGAGAAAUGGAAGAAAGUUUGCCUUGUUCAUAAUCAUGUUCUUCCUAAUUGGUCUUGGGUUUCUUGUCUAAACCCACCUUUCCUCAAUUCCCACGAAGUAGAUGGAUAUUUAUCACUGGAGAAGAUGUGCAUUAUGAGGUCUGAUAAGAUAGAUGAUGAAAAAGUUGGUUAUGCUGUGGAAGAAAUGCCUAACUGCUUAGAGAGCGAGGAUUGUAAUGAUCCUGCAAGGCUGGUUCAGGAGGCUUCCCAGGAAGAGCAUUAUUAUGACUUCCAUAUAGUAUACAGCAGUUCCUACAGGAUUCCGGUGUUAUAUUUCCGCGGUUAUAAUUCAGAUGGACAAACACUAAUGUUGGAUCAAAUUGAAAGAGAUCUUCCUUCCAGAUCUGUUGAGGUGCUUACUGAAUCAAAGUGGACAUUUAUAACUCAACAGGAGCAUCCCUAUUUGAAUAGACUGUGGUACACACUACAUCCAUGUGGAACUAAUGAAUUGAUGAAGCUACUCCUGAGUAAUACUUCACUGUCUGAAGAUAAAGUUGGGACAGAAUGUUACAUCAUAUCAUGGCUAUCAGUUGUUAGCCAGGUUGUUGGCCUUAGGAUGCCCCUUCAGAUGGCAGCUGUACAUCACGAAUAAUUCUUCUCACUCUCAGGAGAAAUUGGGCAGUUGUUGAGGUGGUGAGAGUGUGAUUUGAUUUUUGGUGCAAUGCUUCAUGUAUGUUUUUUCCAACAUGCUCCGUACUGUCCAUAAUGGCUUCCGUAGAAACUUGCUAGUGUUGGAUGGUCAUUCGCGCAGGCUUAAUUUUUUGUUGUUUGGCUGUAAAUAAUCAUACAAGAACUAGCUGGAGAAGGCCUAGCUUCUGUUGCCUCUUCCCACCCGUUGUAGAGAGCUUUGGGUGUUUUUUUAAAGCACCUAAAUGGAAUAUCAACAUUGUUCAGUGCAAAACAUCACAUUGGUUUUGCUAAGUAAUUUGGUUGCUCAUAUAUUGCAGAACAAUAUUUGUAGACCAACUCAUUGCUCAAAGGUAUCUUGGCCUUCUUUGGUUUGUUCA